AUGCUCGACGCGACCCUGACCCUGGACACGCUAAACUGGUUGCUGCGGAUUCUCCGCUCCGGCUGGACUCUCGUCGUCUGUCUCACGCUCAUCACUGUGAUUGAUCUCACAAGGACGCGCCUCCAUGCCGGACACCCAAUCACACUGCACCGCGAAGACGAUGCCAAAGAACUGCGACUCGUCCAUCUGUAUAAACACAUUUUUAAGCUCUUCCGGCACGGACAUCGAACGCCUGCCGACACGUAUCCCAAUGAUCCCUACCUCAACGCUUCCUUCGAUCCCUACGGAUGGGGCCACCUGACAAAUUUCGGAAAAACGUACAUGUUCGAGACUGGAGAGUUUUUGAGGCAAAGAUAUGGCAAAUUUCUUGGGAAAACUUACAAUCCCGAUAUUAUUCACGCCCAAUCGACAGGAGUGAUCAGAACUAAGAUGUCAAUGGCGCUGGUUUUGGCCGGUCUCUGGCCACCGAAGGACACUGCAAUGGAGUGGAACAGGAAGCUAAAUUGGCAGCCAAUCCCCAUAGAAUAUGAACCAUUGGAUGAGGAUUCCCUUCUCUUGGUCAGAACUCCCUGUCCAAGAUACCAUGAAGCCUUAGCAGAGACUCUCACUGAAUCUCCAAUAAGUGUAGAGAUAGAAAAGUACAGGAAUAUGAUGAAGGAACUGACAGAGAUCACAGGAUUGGACAUCAAGACGCCAGACGAUGUCCAGUCGCUCUUCAGCACGCUCAAAGCUGAGGAUGAAUUCGGCCUGAAGCUCCCCGAGUGGACCAAGAGAUUCUAUCCUGAUCGUCUUCUGCCGCUCACGGAGCUCAGCUACAUCUGGAACGUCCACACGCAGGAGAUGAAGCGCCUCAAGGCGGGUCCUUUCCUGCAGAAGCUCACGAAGGAGUGGAAGGCGGCCGAGAGCGGCACUCUGGAGCCCAAGAAUCGCAAAAUGUACUUAUACACCGGCCACGAUUCCUCCGUCGUCAACGUCCUCAACGCCCUCGGCGUCUGGGAUGUCCAGCUGCCGGAUUACGCCAUCAUGGGCAUGUUUGAAUUGCUACAAGAGCGAUCAACUGGUCACUUCGGCGUGCAGAUUUACUUAAGAAACUCCACAGGCGAACCAAUUCCACUAAAUCUUCCCGGCUGUGAUUUCUUCUGCCCAUUGGCUAAAGUCCUUCACCUCAUCUCGCCUCUCCUGCCAGUCAAUCGUGAUGAGGAGUGUAAGCCAAGGAAUCCCUACUUCGUCACACCUCGACCAACAGGACCGUGA